GGGAGAGCACGGACGUCUAGCACCUCCGGAAGCAAUCCCAGCAAACACCGGCAAACAACACCCAGCACCAGCGGAUUGGGCGUAGAGAGUGUUUUCUUCUUCUUCCUCGUCAGGGAAAUCUUCAGCAUCCAUUCCAUUUUUGCCUACGCGCCCCGUAGCGAGCCUAGGCCCGGUGGGGUAUAGUUAAGGCUGAGACUGCGUCGUUACUGAACUGCCCCCGUAUAUAAUAAACCUUGCGCAUCCUUCUUACCCUACGAUUCUUCAGAGCGGUCGGAUUUGUUCCUUGUCUAGUUUUUCCCUUUGGAUAUCCGAAAACGAGAAUCGGGGUCUUGACAAUACCGCACCCAACAUGAGGCUCCCGGUUGAGAUCGUAGACCAGAUAAUGGCGAAUCUUUUGGAGAGAAAGGACCUGGCCGCUGCGGCCCUGGUUAGCCGGGCUUGUCAUAGGUCUGCGACACCGCUCUUGUACCGCGAUAUCGAGAUUGAAGACUCUCUCUACCACAACGAUACGCGAAUAAUGCCGGCACGUGGGGCCCGGAAACGUACGAGCUUGCCGCAAAUGGCUAGUGUGGUUUCUACACUUCAUGGGUGAGAUAUGAACUUCCUGGCAUCUCCUGGUCAUGCAAUAUUGCUCACAUGCCCCUUGCGUGAUAGCAAUCCAUUUGUCUGCUCUUUUGUGUCUUCAAUCGGACAUCAGCUCUGUAUUGCGGACGCCCAUGUCGACCCUCUCCAACGCCAGCUCUGGGAGAUGGCUCUCAUAACCAUGAGGCUUCAGUUACAAGAGAUCAUCGACCGCAACGGCUUUUCUAGAGUUACCCAGUUACGUCUGCUCAAUCCGGAUGUCGAAUUUGCCGAGAUCCUAUUGAAAGGCCUUCUUCCGCAGAUAGAGGUCCUCCACAUAGCAUCAUCCUUUGUUCGCUAUCUCCCAUUCGAUGGAAGCUUGCCUUCAAAUAUCAAAGAGCUGCAGGUGCAAUUCUUCCCGGAGCUGUUCCGAAUUCCGGGGUCAGCCCCUUUUGGGGAUGGUUGGCAGGCGGCUCGGGCGGAGUAUAACUCUGCCGACGGGAUCAUGCACUCCCAUUUCAAUAGCUUCCUUUCCAGUUCCUCAUCCCUUCAAAUUCUUCGAAUAAGCGGCACCAAAGAACUCCACGCCAUUCUUGCCGAUGUUGCUCUUCCAUCUCUGGAUACCUUGGAAAUCGGACCUGUCUUCAACCGGGUGAUUGAUUUGACGGUUGCGGGCCUAUCAUCUUUUAUAGAUAGACAUCCUAGCAUAUCCCGUCUAGCGCUUCGCAACCUUCCCGCUGAGACGGACACUGUGCUCUCCCUACCUCCCGAAUCUCGUUCCAGCAUUCGCCAGCUGAUCUCAUGUGUUGAUGAGAUCCCGAGUGACUAUUAUUCCUUUCUGGACCAGUUUGAAGGGCUGGAUACCUUCAAACUGCAGCGUGAUAUCGUGGUCGGUGGCAUCUUGCAGGAUGAGCUUCUCGAGUUGGUGAAGCACCUCCAGCGUGAUGGGCCGGGCAUUAAGAACCUUGCCCUUCCAAUGCCCUCGCAUAUCAGCGGGUGGACCCUUACGGAUGGUCAGCUGGGGGUGCCGGGGACUUCAUUGGAGCAUUUUGGCCGGGCAUUCAGGGAAUAUUUGCCCACAGUGGAAGUGUUCGGCAUCAGUCAAAUUGGGAGAUAUAGUGAUAUCAGAGCUGUAUUUCACCCCACUCGUCUAAGGAAUUUCCCUUCAGGGAUGCUGACACUGGGCUCAAGGCAGAUUGGGCUCGCUCCUUCGCUGGCCAUCCCCACCUGAAGCGACUUGCAAUUAAGACGCCGUUCCUGCCUAACUUCAGGGAGUCCCACGCGGUCCGCAGGGAUGCAAUUGAUGACCUAGCAAAAGUCUUUUCGGAUUUACCGGCGCUUCAGAAGUUUGUGUUCUAUGAGAGUUUCGAUAACCAAGCCAUCGAAGUGGAGAUCCUUAGAGGAGAGACCACUACCGGCAGGGAAAGGGCUGUGGACAGUGCCGAGGUAGACGCAGAAUUUUUCGAUCCUUUUUUCCAGACCGGGUGGGAGAAAUCGUAG